UAUUUUGCUUGAAUUAUUUUUAUAAUUAUAUUAUUUGAAUUAUUAUCAAAUGAUUGAUGGACCCGAUGUGGCGGGCAUAUCAUGUAGGCCAUAGGUUUCAUCCUAGGAAAGAAUUGUUUACAUGGCUACAUAAUCAGACGAUCCAGACCGUCCAUCUGGUGGGCCGUACAAUGGAUACGCAACUUGCAAUCAUUAAACCAAUCGGGACAUUUCUAAGCCACCUGAUGUUCGUAAUGAUGGGUGGACCAUUGGCUAUUUUUGGUUUCUAUCUGUGGGUUUGAAGGCAGUGAACAGAAAGGAUUUCCCAACUAAUGUAGUAUAAAUAACAGUAGCCCGUCCACGCAGGGCCCAUCAGAUGGACGAUCCAGACUACUCUUCCAUGAGGAAAUAUGCCCCAGAUGGACGAACCAGAUGGAGAAUGCCCCUCAUAGAUCGCACUAUCAAGUGGGGCCCACAACAUGUCCUUUUGUCCUUAGAACAUUAGAAUGCAUCGUCCUCUCUCUGUAGUAUUCAAAAAGAUCGUGUCCGCGGCACGAGCUUCAAUCAGACACCGCACAUUUCAAACCCGUCCCGAUCCGUACGCAACCUAUCUCGAGAUCUGUGCACGCGAUCGAUCUCUCGAAUCGGGUCGGAAUCUCCACGCCCAUCUUCUCGUCAACGGUCUCGCUCGCUCGGCCCACCUCUCCUCAAAACUCAUCAACUUCUACACGCGAUGUGGCCACCUUUCUGCCGCCCGACGCCUGUUCGACGAAAUGUCCAAAACAAACCUCAGCCGUUGGAUCAUCCUCAUUACUGCCUAUUCCCGCCAUGGCUUCCACAAAGAGACCUUGGAUCUUUUUUAUGAAAUGCAGAGACAAGGCCUCAGACCGAAUGAAUACAUUCUCUGCAGUGUCAUUAGAGCUUGCGCGAACACUUCCAAUCUAAAAGCUGGAGAACAGAUACACUUAAUCGUUCUCCAUUAUUCUAUUGAUUCUGAUGCUUUCAUUGGAACCGCUUUGAUCAACCUCUACUCGAAAUGCGGCAGAUUUGACAACGUCUGCCGGGUGUUCGAUAGAAUGCUUGUGAAAGAUCUAGUGGCUUGGAAUGCGAUUGUCUCGGGCUAUGCCCUGCAUGGGUUUUCGAAAAUUGCAUUGGGUUUGUUCGGAAAAAUGCGGUUGAUGGGAUUGAGACCGGAUUUAAUCACGUGGAAUGCUAUGAUUGCGGGUUUCGCACAGGUGGGUGACGUUGCGAUGUCUUUGAAUUUGUUUGAAAUGAUGUUGGGUGAUGGAAUUGAGCCUGAUGUCGUAUCUUGGACGUCAGUGAUAUCUGGGUUCGUGCAGAAUUUCCAUAAUGAGGAGGCCUUUGAUAUGUUUCGACGGAUGAUGGGUUCUAGAGUCUGGCCAAGUUCAGUUACGAUUAGUGGUCUUUUGCCAGCUUGUUCCAAUGUGGCAGAUUCAAGACAUGGACAGGAGAUCCAUGGGUAUGCUUUGGUUAUUGGGGUUGAGGAAGAUGUAUUUGUUAGCAGCUCUCUGAUUGAUAUGUACGCGAAAUGCGGGUUCAUAUUUGAAGCGGCGAAGUUGUUUGGCAAGAUGCAUGAGAGGAAUACGGUUUCCUGGAAUUCUAUGAUAUUUGGAUACGCCAAUCAUGGGUUUUGUGACAAAGCAAUUGAGCUUUUUUAUGAGAUGGUGAGGAAAGAGAAUGUGAAGCCAGAUCACCUGACAUUUACAGCAGUUUUUACCGCUUGUUGUCAUGCUGGGAUGGUUGAAGUUGGACAGAAGUUAUUCAAUUCGAUGCAAGAAGAGUAUGGGAUUGAGGCAAGGUUAGAGCAUUAUGCAUGCAUUGUUGAUCUUCUCGGUCGAGCAGGGAAGGUCACAGAAGCAUAUGAUUUGGUUAAGACAAUGCAUGUGGAGCCUGAUUCGUUUGUGUGGGGAGCAUUACUAGGGGCGUGCCGGCAUCACAGGAAUGUUGAACUGGCAAAGGUUGCGGCUUCACAUCUGUUUGAGCUUGAGCCGGGGAGCGCUGGGAGCUCUGUGCUAUUAUCAAAUGUAUUUGCAGAUGCUGGAAGAUACGAAGAUGCUGCAAGGUUGAAGAAGAUGGUCAAAAGGAAGAAGCUGAUAAGAAGUCUGGGGUGUAGUUGGAUGGAAGCUACUUAACUCAAAAGGUUGAUGAUUCUACUGCUAUGGAAAAUCACCUUGGUUGUGGCCCACUCAAUGAAUGUUGAUGGCAUUGCUGAGGCUGUCCAAUGAUUACCAGUGGCUGGAGUGUAGAGAGGCUUGCUGAUUCAGAGAAGAAUCUCAAACAUGUUGAUACAGAUCCAAGCAGUGUUUGGAAAGGCCAACCUGCCAUCCCAGCCAUUAGAUUGGAAUGUGAUUGGAAGUAGUUCCCCAGAUCUGCAUUCUGUUAAAUCCAUCUACUCUCUGUACCUUUGUCUGAAAUUGCCAAGCAUUUGGGGCGGGGAAUAAAAUGAACCCACCAUAUUAUCAGUUCUCCAUAUGCUCGCAGAAUAUCAAUUUGCAGAGAAGCUUCCUGUCUGCCCAACUUGUCUUAAAAUCACAGCAUGCAACUUCUUAGAAGCAUCAUCCAAGCCAGACUUAAAACAGGAAAAGUUUUGAGCCUGAUUGUUGUGAAAGAAGUUUAUAGGCCUUCAUUGAUUGUCAUCGACAUGCCAUUAGCAAGGAUACUCAAGAUUGCAAAUUUAAAAGAAGUCGAGGUUUGAAAGUCUAUCUCCAUAAAGGAAACAUAAAGACUCGAAUGUGAUGGGUAGUGGCAGUCUCAGUACGAAAUCAGAAGCGAAGAAAACAAGAAUUCAUUGUAGAAAGAUGCUUAUCAAGGAAAGAAGACAUGUAGAGGAAGCAAUUCAGAAGCCUCAUUGAUAUGGACGAAUAUCAAGAACAAAUCGAACACAGUAUGGAUAGGGGAAGAGUAAUUUCAAGCAGGUUUGGAGUAAAAGAACUAAUAAAAAGAAUGGAAAAAGAGAAGCUGAAGAUACUACAAAAGUAGUAAAAGUGGACUAGAAAGAUCUUAUGUUUGGAUGCAUGGAAAUUGUUGUCCUGGGGUCUUUCCAUGUUUCGAAAUUGAUAUACUGGCAUGCAUUAAAUCUUGUAUAGAAUCUGCUCUUUUGAUGGAAGGGGAAACAUAAUCUGCUCUUUAGACUGAGGGGUCGUUUGGAUGCCUGUAAAGUCUCUUAGUAAUCCGAUUACCUGUAAUCGGAUUACAUGGGCUGUUUGGAUGGGUGUAUUUGCAUGUAAUGGGAUUAUAGGUUGUAAUUAGAUUACAGCUUUUAGUUGUAAUCUGAAACAUAGCAAAAGAGCAUGUUUCAGAUACAGGCAAUAGAUCUAUUUUUUGAAACUUCUUGAUACAGGGAGAAUUGUGGCGCAGCUUCAGCAUUCCCACCCUUCCCUUUUUCCAACAGUCGGACCCAUAGUUUAGUGAUAUAGAUCUCCACCCUCCCCUUUUUCCAACAGUUGGACCCAUAGUUUAGUGAUAUAGAUCAUCGUGCGUUUAGGGCCCAUUGGAUACGGCGCCCACUGUGCAUAUGGGCCCACUGUAUCCUCUCUAUGUGUAUUGUCCACCUAUAUUCAAAGAGUUAUUGGUUAUGAUCUAGCCCACUGUACAUGUGGGGUCAUCCAUCUAUGUCCCAUUGUAAACAUAAUCAUGUACCAUGAAUGGCCCGCUUUCUGAUCCA